CAUGAACUGCGAGGCUUUCAUUUUCUAUUCCUUUGAGUUUUCCUAAAAAACGUAGUGUUUUUAACUGCUUAGGAAUCAUAAGAGACGAAAAUAUCAACCCUCGUGAUAGUCUUACUUCUUCUGGCUUAAAGGUGUUGGAAGUGGAGGUUCCACACAAAACACACAAAACUGAAAAGGUCUUGAAGCGCUGACAGACUUGGUUGAAUCCAAAGUGAAAACUCAAUUUGGAGUACAAAAGAAGGCCUAAAAACACUUACAAAUAAUUCUUAGCGACUUAACUUGUGUUUAGUAAUGAACGGCCAUUCAAAAGUUACUCGCACUGGUAGUAGUGGUGUCUACUCAGAUGUCUCUUCUUCUGUAGACCUCAGUUCAUCAGUUGGCAGUACAGGGAGUGGAAAUGGUUUGGCAAAUACAAUGAGACCAGCUUCAAAUCUUGAAAAACUACUUAAUCAAUUGCCACCUGAAUUAAGAAAAACCACAUGGGAUUUAAGAAAGCAAGUUGCUAUACAUCUAAAUCCACUCAAAGACCCAAUAGGAAAUGACUACCGUCUUGUAGGCUCGCGUCUGGGAUUCCAAGCAGACAUCAUUGAAGGUUUUGGCAAAAGUCCAGAUCCUACUAUGGAAAUGAUAAAUCUUUGCAUGACUACAUCAUGUCAAGAGUUUUUUAAUAUAGUGCACAAUGCUGGCCGUUCAGAUGUUAUUGAAGAUCUAUUGAGUUACUUAAAUCAUAGUAGUAAUCAUUAUUGUCUGACGACACAAGAAUCUCUGGAAGAUGAAUAUCUUAGUCGCCCAUUUGAAGAAUCUUGCAGCAAUGUAUCAAAACUUUCAAAACAACCUUCAGAACAAGAAGAGUCAGAAGUUAAAGAACAAAAGCCAGGCAUACCAUUUGAAGGAUCCAGAGAGUUUUGGGAUGGAAUUCCAGGUCCAUACUCCCAAAAGAAAUGGAAAGAUUUCUGUGCUGCAAUGAGGAAGGCAUGUCCAGAUGAAAGUGACCAUGGUGGAAUUGAAAAGUUUUUAUGUCAUAUUUUAAAAAUUGAUUUUGAUUCAAGAUUAACUGACGGUGAAGUUAAGGUAGAAUACUUCUUAAGGCUGCUUGCUUGCUUUGGUCCAUUUGAACCUGGCAAAGAUGGUUGUUUGGCAAAGAUGUAUGAGUUGAUGAAAAAAUCUUUAUCAAAAUCUAUGAACGGGAAUCAGUGGCACAGUUGGUUUGCAGGUUACAUGUCCUCAGAAGAAACGCACGAACGCCUCUCAAAACAGACCCCUGGUUAUUUCCUCAUUCGCUUCAGCGGUUCAAGGGUUGACGAUGGAUGGUUUAUCUUGGGGGUCAAGACAAAAGAUGAUGUGGUCCAGAUUGAAAUUAAGAGGGAUAUCGAUAACCGUCAGCACCUCCUUGCCGAAGAGACAUUCCCAGACCUUGCUUCGAUCGUUGAAAAGCUUCGAGGAGAUAUCUUCCUGCAAGAGUGUCGUCAGCUCUUAAUCAACCCGUGUCCUGACCUUCCUCUGAAUACCAACUUUAUUGGUUAUACUAAAGUAUCGCGCAACCAAGGCCGUGGACGAGGCCGUGGACGAGGCCGUGGACGAGGCCGUGGACGAGGCCGUGGACGAGGCCGUGGACGAGGCCGUGGACGAGGUGGACCCAGGUGAAGCUCAAGUAACAGAAAUGAAAAGAAAGUGGAUGGGAAAAUACUAAAUUCGUAAAAAUGCUUUUUUCUCAGUGUUCUCUUUCUCAAUGUUUAAAAUAUUUUAUAAGCCAAGAGAGAAAAAUUGAAGGAUAUUGGAUGGGAACAAUGCGGAAUUCGAAGUAAAAAUUGCUUUUCUUCAGUUCUCUUUGUCAAUAUUUAUCAUAUUUAGUGAGAAAAAUGGAAGGAUAGUAGAUUGGAAUAAUGCUGAAUGCGAAGUAAAAAUUGCCUUUCUUCCUUUUUAUUUUCAAUUUUCAAACUUUAUCGAUUUCUUUUGCAAAAAUAGACUUUUGUUGCAAUGUCAAUACUGUGAUGAUUCCAGUUUAAAAAAUCUGUUUUGUCUUGAUCACAAGAGGUUAACUGAUCUCGAAGAAAAACUCCAGCGUUUACUUCUGGAUAACUGUUCAUCAGCAUCGAUGAACAAUACCUUUCCUUAAGAGAAAAUGUCUUGGAAUUUUGAAUAAUAAUUUCGACUAGGCUCAGCUCGUAAAGUUCGACGUUUGACCUAAGCCUUACUGACGUUCUCUAUAGCACUCACGAAUUCGUCAACCUUACAAAGUAGAUUUUGGAAGACGUUCAACAAGGCGUGUACAUGACGUUCCAUAGGCACGUUCCCUUGAGAAAGUUGUUUUCUCACGAUGUCAUGGAAAUACUUGGACUGACGUCAACCAAAACUCUGUUUUGUUACGACGGCAAAUCGUGCGUUUUUGCACAAGAAAUAAUGAUUCCAAAAGCCAAAUUUUUCAAAGCGUUUUACAAUUUUAAUUUUAAGUUUUCAUUUUGCUCUAUCUAUGUAUGUACUUCCAGAAAUAGUACAAAAUAGUGCUAAUUAAACAAUAGAAUAUAAUGGAAUUUGCAUGAAAUUGUGCUAUUUAGUAUUACUAAAGUUUCACGGUUAUAUYGUUUGCACUCUAAUGGUAAUGGUAAUGAUAAUAAUAACAAUAAUAACAAUCAUCUUCAUCUUUUUUUGUUAGAGUGGUUUUCAUAAAGCCGUGAAAUACACACAAGCCUAAUACAAAUUAGUAGACCCUAAUUCCAUUGUGUUCUUUUGUUGUCGUUUCACUAUUGCACUCUAACUAAGGCCCCGUCCACACUAAUGCCGGAUAAAUUUGAAUUUGGAUUUUUAUUUAUUCGGUUAGGCCUACCAUCCACACUAGUCCGGGCGAAUCCGGAACGAUUCUUCACCGAAAACGAAU